GAGAGAGUAGUUGCUCUAGCUGGCUCUCACUCUCUUUGUUUCAGUGCGCAGUAUCUCUCUCUCUCUCUCUCUCUCUCUGUCCAUCCUCACAGUGCUGCUCUGCUCUGGAUGACUGCAGAAGCAGCGCCAUGGCCGUGAAUCUCAGUAAGAACAGACUGGCUCUGCUCACCGCUUACCAGGACGUCAUCGACGAGUCUUCACCCACUGACUGGGCCUUGUACACAUACGAAGAUGAUAGCAACGAUCUGGCCCUGGCAUCAUCAGGAGAUGGCGGCCUGGCUGAAAUCAUGGUCACCUUUGAUAACAGCCGCAUCAUGUAUGGCUUCUGCAGCCUGAAGGAGCCGACGGCCGCCCUGCCUCGCUACAUCCUCAUCAACUGGGUUGGGGAGGACGUCCCUGAUGCCAGGAAAUGUGCCUGUGCCAGCCAUGUAGCCACCAUCGCGGAGUUUUUCCAGGUGGGUCUCACAAAGGGAGUUGACAUCAUCAUCAAUGCCAGCAGCAUGGACGACAUCGACCCCUCAGCCAUCGGGCAGAGAUUGACCAAUGGGACGGGGCCGAGCGCUAGCCCGGUGCUCAGCCGCCUGCGAAUGAGAGAUGAGGAGAACGCAGAGCACGUUGGCACCACCUACCAGAAAACAAACGCCGAAAUCGAGAUGAAGAGGAUCAACCGGGAAGAGUUCUGGGAGCAAGCCAAGCGGGAAGAGGAGCUGAGGAAGGAGGAGGAAAGAAAGAAAGCAGCAGAAGAGCGGCAACGCUUUGAAGAGGAGCGGAUGGAGCUGGAAAGGAAGGAGCAGGAGGAAAGAGAGAAGAGGUACCGCGAGAGGGAGCGGCAGAUUGAAGAACACAGGAAGAAAAUGCAAGAAGAAGAGGAGGCCAAAGAGAGGUCACGACCUCAGGCCUUGAUCACAGAGCCCAGUUGUGAGGAGCUCUCUCAGGACAAAAAGGAGUCCGAGGUUGAGGAAGCAGCGGCUAUAAUCGCCCAACGCACAAGCAACCCGCGAGAGUUCUUCAAGCAGAGAGAAAAAGCUGUAUCCAGCAGCUUGGACACGUCACCCAUCAGCUCCCACAGGACCGAUGACUCUGCUGAAGGCGUCUCAGCCCCGUCCCCAACACCCAUCCCUAAAAUCGCCAUUCAGGAAGAAAAAGACGAUGACAGCCAGAAGGAAUGGGCCCCUGAUUCUCCUGAGCGAGUGCCGGUGCAGGAGUCCGAGCCUGUCCAGACCGAGGUUCCUCAGGCUCAUGUGACGGAGUUGAAAUCCACCAACGCUGAGGACACACUGCUGGAUAUGUGGGAGAGCAGCCCAGCGCCCAUGGCCACGCCCUGCCAGGCCCCACACAUCAUGGACCUGAUGGGUGACGCCGACUCGUCACCGAGCCUCCCUCAGCCCCUGCUUAGCUUUGACGACGUGCCUGACGCCCCGCUGUGCCCCUCAGCCGAGGACGUGCCCACCAGCCUGGUGGAUGUUGCCGAGUCACAUCACAUGACCCUGAGCUAUCAGCAGGCCUCCGACAGCCAGGAGCUGGAUGAGACCCAGGAGCUGCUGACCAACGGAGACUCACUGCUUAAAGAAGGGACUCAGGCAAGUGAAGGCUAUUUCAGCCAGUCACAGGAGGAGGAUUUCGCUCAGUCUGAUGAAUGCUCUGCAAAAGUGAAUCCCACGCCAGUAUUUUACAACAAACCGCCAGAGAUCGACAUCACAUGCUGGGACACGGACCCUGUGGUGGACGACGAGGACUAAGACCACUGGAGGCCGCUAGCCUACGACUCCCAGGAAAAAAAAAAAACACUUUUACAGAGCUUAUUCCAAGCUUAUUACAUUACAAAUCUGUAUGAUAUUUUAGCAAAAAAAAAAAAAAAAAGAAACAAACAAAAAAGGUUAGCCACUGAAAAGGAUCUGGGUUAUUGUUAAAGAUGCCAGCAGGGUUAAGCUCUCUCGGUGUGUGUGUGUGUGUGUGUGUGUGUGUAUAAGUCAUUAUUUAUUUCCGUUCUCUUUUUUGCUAUGCAGAGUAUAGCACGGUGUGUAUUUAGUGCUCACCUGUGUUGUAUCAACUCCCUGUGCCUGACAGGUGUGACCAGUAGCAGAUAGAGCGUCCUGUUUUAGUGAUGUUCCAGAACCUCGAAUGACGGAAAAGUUCGUAGCUCCAGCCAAGGUAGUACAGAACUUCCCCUUGUUAGAUGCUCAGGCUAGUAGUUAGCACCUUUAUCACUAAUCACCGAUAAUUUAAGCCGAUAUUAUUAAGCUUUUCGUCUUAUUUACUCUGUUUUUUUCCCCACAAACGGGAUCUGAACGAGAAGAUACACACCACUGUGUUGUUCAUGCUAUUGGUUUGAUCUGAUUAGAAUCACUCACUUAGUUUCUACGGUGCUGUUAUAUUCCAAUCAAAUCACGAUGACUAAACAUGGAUUAAUUUGAUUCAUCUCCUGUGCCAAGGGUUUUCAGUAAUUUGAUGUUUUCGCGGCUGUCGUGUCAGUGUUUUCCACUGAGCUCUACGUAAAAAUGUGGAGAGCUCAGAGCCCAUUCCCCGCUGUAGAGAUGAGUGAAGCCAUCUGGCCGCCAUCUUACCACUCACAUCACGUGUAUUUGGUUUACGUUUUAAACUGUCGAAUCCGAUCAAACUUGCCCCGAGAAAAGUAUUUCCUGGCUUUUUUUCCCUUACAUUACCUCCUCUUAUUUUCUCAACUUUACCCCCAUUCCUGACACAUCUUUAUAGCGCUCCGCUUCACUGUUAUUGUUUUUGUUUCCUUUUCCAGUCCAGUCUCUGAUCAUUUAUUUUUGAACGGCUCUUCUACCACUAUAAUUAUUUUUACGGAGAUUAUUUCAGUUUUUCUUUGUACAGGAAAUCAUAUAUCGGAAAUCAGCCGCUGACCAGGAAAUCUGACCAGCCCUGAUUUAAGCGUACUUACCAGUAUUAAUACACUUGCACUCAAUUUAAACUAAAAUCAUGGAGUUAAAACAGACAAUUAUGCCCAUUUUGUCAAUUUGUGCAAGUGGGUGUGACAUGCAGAUCAGUGUUUCUCAACCACUGGGCCGUGGCCCAUUUAGUGGGCUGCGAAGCACCAUCUAGUGGGCCGCAAAUUUUUUUUUCAAGUUAAAGCUAAUUUCUACUCGUAGUAGGGUACAAUUGCUGGGUUGCAUCUGACGUCACAUCUGCCUCAUUCAGCUACGGUCUCACUACAGCUCGUGAUGCUUUGCGAUGGGGAAUUGAUAAAAAUCAGACAUUUUGGCGGCGAUGCCUGGCGAUAUACACGUGAGUUAAAAGUUGUGGUCACACAGCAAGUGAACACUUGACUGUCACACCUUUGCACGCUUGAGUCUGGUGCAGCUUGAAUGGCUGUGCUUGGGACCCGGUCAUUAUGGGAAACACCUGAUACUGAUUUGAGUGCAAUCAGCACGCUCAGAUCCGGACGCUGUUUUCACAGAGGCUUUGCGAAGUAUCAUCGCUGUCACAUUUGUUUCUCACCAUGUUUAUAAUGCUGUUUAAAUACUCUGCUUUAUGAUUCUGCUUUCUGUUUUGCUUUUGUAAAUAUCACACCUGCUAAUAAACACUCUUCCUGCACUUAGAUCCAUCGACCGCCAUUUAUCUUGUGUCCUGAUCCCCAGAUCUUUAACCCAGCCACAUAUAAAAAGUUGUUCUCCUCCAUGCUCUUCCAGGUUUUCAUCUGCGUGUCCAUGUAGAACGAUGUCUGCAGCACCAGGUAGUUUGAGAUGUCGGGGAACUCAACGCAUGGAUAAUUUUCCAACUCGUAGGAAAAAUCCUUCUUUGUUAGCGUGUAAGGAUCUAAUCCCAUUGAGUGGUUUAUAUAUCUAUAUCCACUUCUUUUGAGUGAACUUCUUGGUUUUAAUAACUUGCUUGCUUGCUGAACACAAACAUGGCAAUAAUUUCUUGUGUUAAUGGACCAGACUCCACUUUUGGAUCAUUAAUCCCUUUUGGCUGAGAAUGUCCUGCAUGCAUGGGUUUGGCUUCUGGCCGUACAGUUUUAAAUACAAUACCUACAAUUAAAACCAGUUUGUUUUUAUUGCAUUUAUUUAAUUCCUGGGCUCCCAUCUGUAACAGGGGGCGAUGUCGCAUCCCAUUAAUACACUUUACAGUAGAUUAUUAGAUUCUAAUAGAAUAGAUGAGCCAAAAUAAUUGGGGAUCUGUUUUAAUGAGCCCUGACUUGUUACAAGUAUGAAUUCUUGGGUUUCAUGUGACGUCACAUCCGCCUCAUUAGUUAUUCAAAACUUUAGCUGGUGGUCUACCAAAGCUCAGUUGAUAAAGCGUUUGUAUGGAGGAGACGGUGCAUCGCUCGGAUGAAAAAUGCCUCACGCUUGCAUUGUUUUCGGUUGUUCGAAUCGAUCAAACCAUGAAACUGAUAAAAGUUUCUUCAGGGUUCCUCGUGAACUAAUAAAAAAGGGUGAACGAACACAGGAUUUCACAAAAAGACGUCGAGAAAGGUGGCUUUUGAACCUCUGACUGAAAUCGCAGGGAGUCGAGUCGAAGCGUGCUCGAGUUUGCAGUGAUCACUUGGUAAAAGGUUUGUAUUUCCCUCUCAGCUCUGUCCUUUGUGUUUUCCAAGUACGUUUCUUGCUAUGUGUCAUUAUUUUACGGUACUUUUUUUUAGUCACGAAGCGCUAAAGUCCCCAGCUGUUUCUUUGUUUCCUCCUCACAAAGUCCAUAUGCAUGAAGGUCGCGACAAAAUUCUUCCCCAGCCGUACAGUUACAAUGCGCCGCGAUCACUUCUCCGUCUUGUUUAACUAAGAUCCAGGUCUUUAAAGGGGUUUCUGAUGAUCUUUGUGAAUGAUUUAGCUGAGAGAUAAGAGCCAACACAAGUGAGAAUCAAGCGGACUGUUGUUUGUUUACACUUCAACUUGCAGCGCUUCGUUGUAAAGACGCGAACGAAAAGCUUAAAAAAAACCCAUACUUCCACAGGCAAAAACAAUCCAGGAUUCAUUGGGCAGGGACUUGAUAGCGAGGUCCUUUACCCAGCCACAUACAAAAAGUUAUAAUCCUCCAUACUCUUCCACGCUUUCAUCUGUUUUGCGGUGUAGAAGGACGUCUGUAACACCAGAUAGUUUGAGAUGUCGGGGAACUCGACUGAAGGGUAGUUUUCGAGAUCAUAUGACAAAUCCUUCUUUCCCAGACUGUAGGGGUCGAUUCCAUUGCACACAGCAAUCUUCUGGAUAUAUCUAAAGCCAGCAGUGGCUUCUAGAUUACGAGCAAACUCUGAUACGUUAUCGCUAGUUGUUUGCACUACGGCAGCCAUUUUGGUUGCUAGACCACCAGCUAUUUCACUUCCGGUAAAACCGCUAAGAAAAGUCACAUGAACGAAACCCAAGAACAGGUGGGCCUCGAAGCAGAAAAAGUUGAGAACUCCUGGUGUAGAUGAUCUACUGUACAUUGUCACUUGUGCUGAGCCUUCAGUAAAUGAAAACUCCUUACCAAACUUGAACAAUAACAUCUCUCUUUUUAUUUGCAUUCCUCACUGCCAUUUCUGCCUCAGGCUCUGGUCCUUCUUUCAUUCAUGAGGCUAAUUUACUCCGUUCGUUUUUCUUUUUGAAUUUGACCUGUUGAGCUUAAGCUCUCACAUUCAAUAUCAAACACGUCUAGACUUUGGCUUUGAUCCAGUCUGGGACAUUUCCAUCGAAAAUCUGACACGGUCACAGUGUUUAUCCCAGAUAUCAAUGUCAGAUUUUCAACAAAAUUGCGCCAGCACCAUUUCCACGCAAAUGGCGCUGUGUACACGCAUGUAAAAAUGAUCACACACAGGUGAAAUGUCCGUCCACAACCUUUGACUUGACGCUUUGUACAGUUCACUGCUGCACAUGCAGGCAUUUUUUGUUGUCAGUUUUUUCACCAACUACAUAAAUAACUUGUCCAGUUUUGUGUAGCUUCCAGUAGCCUAAAUGAUCAAUCUGCUCCGCGAUGUGAGUGGUAAGAUGGCGGCCAGAUGGCUUCACUCCGAUGAGCUCUCUAGAUUUUUACGUAGAGCUCAGUGGUGUUUUCCAAUUUAGAAUCAGGUGCCAUUUUGACUACCUACACUAUAAAAGGUAGUAUUUGGGUUUUUGUUUUUUUUCAGUGUUUUUAAUAGAAUUAGAAUCGAUUUGACUUGGAGCUUAGGCAAUAACUAUUUUAAUGCACAUUUAGCGAUGUAUGUAGAUGUAUAGGCCUGUGUGUGUGUGUGUGUGUGUGCGCUUUUUAAUGGGAUGGUAACAUUUCCUGUGGAUAUUGGAAUUUGUAUACGGUUUUUACUAAACCCUCAAAUCCAAUGUGGCGUCUUUGCCGUCCCGAUCGAACCCUGAGCUCACUCUCUUGUGAACGCAUGUGAUUUGACCUCAGUAUUCCUAGCAGUCUGAUAUACCGGAUACUUCUCCAUCAUAUCUAUGGUUCCUUCUUGCAACUCGAACCUCUACAGAUUUCAGACGAUUCUGUUCCAAGUUAGCGCACAUCUGUAGCUUCGACUGUCUUCAGUCUUCCGUAGUUUCGUAUUUUUCUGACCUGUUUAUCAGUGCAGACAAUUUUCAGAACGAUCCGAAGCCUUGUCGGGUUUUUGGUUGUUGUUUUUUUCCCCAAGUUGUUUUUUUUUCUUUCAUUAUUGUUAAUGUUAUUCUACAAAGUACAAGAGGUGAAAUAAGCAAUAAUCCUAAAGUGAUGUGGUAUUGUUUUGUAAAUAAAAGCAGCACAGGAUGGCAGUGAUGAAACGUGUGUCGCUGAACCGGUCGGUUGUAGGAACGCAUGGAUGUCCUUUAACACGUUUCUCAAUUCGGAUUUUUUCGUGGCUGGUUUGUGACGAGAGCUGACCUGCAUCUUUAACGAUAACCCAGGCCCUUUUGACGUGAUGUCAGUGUACUCUUUACCCUCCGAGCUCCUCUGUAGUGAUUCUUAUGCUCUUUCUUUCUCUCACACACUACUAGGAGAUUACUACUACCAAUACUAUUGCUACUAUUACUACUAAUAUACUACUCCAGUUUGCCCUUUGUCCCUGAAGCAAGGCUUAGCAACUCUUAAAGUCUCUCUUUCUUUCUUACUUUCUUUCUUGCUGUCUUUUAUUAGUUUACGAUCCUUCUCCUUUUUUUCCUUCUCCGUCCGCUUUUUCUGUCACAUGCUGUUUUUGAAACAAGCACAAGAUCUUUUGUGACAUGCUCCGUGCUUCUGUAUGUUAAUAAAAGAUUUCAAAAACAAA